AUGGCGCCAAUCUUUAUCGAGGAGGAUGUCGAAGCACUGAUCCGGCACUUCCCGCCACUGUCAUUGGACAAGGGUAGUAGACCUUCGCUGGUGAGGARCCUCUCCGGCAACGCAUUGGUAGACUUCACGACUGCUCUGUCACAAUUCGAGUCGGUCUUGGAGCAAGGAAGCUCCCGGAUCGAGAUUUCUGAGAUUUCCUCCCUUCUUGGCAUUGAAAAGGAAGCCGAGCAACAUAUAUUGGACCAAUGUUCGUUGCUGCUGUAUUUCAGCAAGGACGGCAGGUACCUGAUCCCCGUUCCUGUUGCAGACGCCAUCCAUGAAGAACUUGCAGAUCUGGCAAGGACAUCGUUUGUCGACCUCGGCGCUUUCGCCGCCAGUCAAGACAUUGCACCCCGUUCAAUUGAGCGAUGGAUCAAGUUUGACUCCGGAUCGAAGUGGCAGACUUUCAGUAUCGAAGAGAAGCGCUUUCUCUGCAACCAGUCUUUGAAGCAGAACAUUGAGACGCGCAUCCGGGAGGCGAUCAAUGCAGCGGGAACAGACGUGUGCAAUGUGUCUGCAAAUUUCGAUGAUGAAGUCCAGACUCCCAUCUUGCAGUUGCUCGUCGAUCUGAUCACCAAAGGCCAAGGGGGAGAUGUCAUCCUUGAUGGAGUUCAAGUGAUCUACGUACCCAGCGAGUACUCUGCCGCUGCCGAGGAUCGAUAUCGACAGUCCCAGCUUGACCGGGUUCAUCUCAUGGCAACUGAGUUGGAAGACAACCGUUUCUCUAUCAUUCAGCUUCGCGAGUCCGGCGCAAACACACCAUCGACUGGUGCCACGUUGAACAUCGACGAACUAGAACAAGCUGUCAGAGCAAAGUUCGAAGAUUGGCAUCACGAGGGUACUCAACUAUGCACCAUCACACUCUUACCAGACUCCGGAAGACAGACGUUCAAACCUAAACAUGACUCCCAAUCUCGAUUGCUGGUAGACGCUGGAGUGUUGCAGCACGAGCUGGGAAGACUCAAAGCUGCUGCCAUUGCUCGCGUGGAAGACGAUUGGUCAAAAGAAGGCGAUCGUCCGAGCUCUACGACGACUAUUCAAAAUCUGCGCGGCGCGUCAGUAUCUCCAAGACCAGGUCUCGCACAUUUGAUUCUUCGCAGUGAGUGCGUUACAGAGCUGGAAGACGCUGUCGUUCGGCGACUCGACGAGCUUCAGCAGGGUGAUCACAUCAAGCUUGUGCAGCUUUUGGAAGCAAGACUCCUCGCGCCAUUCCAGCUCUACGCUAGUGGCAUCAGCACGAUUGUGGAUGCAACCCUGAGACAGCAUUUGGAAGAGUUUUCGUACGACCACUUUCGCCGAGAGGUUAUUCCCCAAACAAUCAAAAGUGCGGCCGAUCUGAGGCUGUUGCAGGAGAAGUCCAGUAACAGGGAGAUCGAAAAGCUACGGCAAGCCACUGUCGAUGCAAAAGCAUUUGCCGCUCUGCAGACCAGCAUCGCAAAGUUCUCAAGAAAGAUGAAGAUUGCGGCUGCUAGUAGCGAUGCCUUGAAGACGACGCAGAUUCGGAGUCUACAGCAGAGUGUGAAGUCUAUGAAGCAAAUGACGCGAGGGUCGGACUGCCUUCAGAAUUUAAUAUGGGUGCUCCUCGCGCAAAGAAGCGGAGGGUUGUACAUGAGUUCUGGGAAGGACACUUCUCGCAUGAUCAAGCAGUAUGAAGCUGUUGGUGAUGCCGAAAUGGCGUCACGGUUGGUCCAGUGGCGAGAUUUACUCAAAGCUGGCCGGGAGGGCAAGGAAGACUUGCAAAUGAUGAGAGAGAUCGCAAAGUUGACUGUGGAGCAGAUGGCUGCAACUGAGCAGUGA